AAAUUGUUGGGCCUUCGGAACACACACGAAACUCUCAAGGCACAUUCUACGCGAGUAUAUUCACUCUUGUCGCCCUCGUCGUGCACAUGUGCUCGUCAUUACCAAUUGAGGAGAAAGUGCAUUGACGGUUGCCACAUGCGUGUGCAAUUUGUUGGGAUCGCCCUUAUUGGUGUCGUCGGUGCUGCAGGAUAAGUGCCUAUCUAGCUAGGUAGAGUAUGCCAGCAGCUAGCUACCUUCGUAGUAGAGUAGAUAGCUGCUAGUGCCGAAGCCCACGAACCGCCGCCAAGGGCCAUAAAGGUGACCCCGAAGAGCGAGCGAUGGGGCCGAAAGCUCGAGUGCGCCACCGACGACGCGUGGGACUGCAUGUUCGGCAGCACGGACCCUUCGAGGGACGCCGCAGACAUGGGCGCGUUCGCCGUCCCGCGAGAAAUCUGGAGAAAAAGGGCAGGCAUCUUCGACAAGUUGCAACGCAACGAGGGUAAAUCGCAGUACCUGUCCAAGCUAUUGCACGACUGGAUGUUUCGGUGGGCGCUGCCGCUCAACGCGUGUUCGCGCGCGAUUUCAGAAAUGGCUGUUUAAACGAUGUGGUGUCCAACGUCAACCUGCCGCGGGACACGAAGAACCCGGUGUUCAUGUCUAUUCACAAGCGCAUGGGAGACGCUUGCGACAGGGUGGAGGAAGAGGAGCGGACAAUAACAUGUGACUGGAACCAGGGACGCGGGCGCGCAUCGCACCGCACGGCUUGACACGGCCCGCUCCAAGCUAAAGCAUGGGAAGGGAUGGAUAGAGAACAUGGACGACAUCGUCAAGGAGGAGACGGAGGGUUGCGCUGGAAGCGCUGGAUUUUCUCGCUCACGGGCAGGUGUUCAUCGGGAACAUGGGCUCGUUCUUCAGCCGCGCGGUGUAUAAGCACAUGAUCGGGAGGCACAACAGCCGGAGAGUAACGUGGGACGUAAUCCCUAAGAACGCCAAGGAUUGGAGAGUCAAAAUGGAAACCAAAAUAAAAGGUUGCGAAAUUAAUACGAAGUGUACCUCCCGAAAUCUGCGCCGGUGGCCUCCGCUGUUACGCCACCGUCAUCAUAUCCCACAUUUCGAUUGAACAUAUUAUGGGCGCGAGACUCCACGCGGUCCCACAAAGCACGUCAAGGAACUACACGAUGUAACCCUACUGAAGAGCUUGGGCGCAGAACGACACGAUACUGCAGAGAACGCGCACAAGAAAUCCAACACCUCGUGAUCUACAGCUAUUGAAGCACGGGGAACCCUUUAUUAGCAAGUGCUCAGGGUCAUGGCCAAACUACAGGCCCGCCUUGUCUCCAGAGUAUCUCGCUCAGGGUCAUGGCCAAACUACAUGCCCGCCGUGUCUCCAGAGUAUCUCGCUCAGGGUCAUGGCCAAACUACAGGCCCGCCUUGUCUCCAGAGUAUCUCGCUCAGGGUCAUGGCCAAACUACAUGCCCGCCGUGUCUCCAGAGUAUCUCGCUCAGGGUCAUGGCCAAACUACAGGCCCGCCUUGUCUCCAGAGUAUCUCGCUCAGGGUCAUGGCCAAACUACAUGCCCGCCGUGUCUCCAGAGUAUCUCGCUCAGGGUCAUGGCCAAACUACAGGCCCGCCGUGUCUCCAGAGUAUCUCGCUCAGGGUCAUGACCAAACUACAGGCCCGCCUUGUCUCCAGAGUAUCUCAUACUCACUGCAACUGUUCGUUACUGAAAAAAGUUUGUUGCUCCUUCGAGAAGCCACGGCAACCGUCGGCAGCGCAACUCUCGAGCUCUGUGACUAGUAACUUUAUAUCGGCAUCGUCAAAUGCAGCCUUUUGUAUCUCUUUCAAACCUUUCCAAGGUUUGUGCAUGAAGGUUGUCAGAUUCAUCAGGCGGGUGAAAGGGAUGAACGGAUCAAUGUCAUUCACAAAAAAAUUUGUAUAGCGAUAUUUUGUCAGACGCCCCGCGCCGUGCUGCGCGUUCAAGAACAGAAAUUCGGCUAGGCUGGUGUCAAAAGAUCCAAAACACAUGUGUAACGAGCAUUUCAUUCUAUCGUUUCGGGGACAGAGCCCAUACGGAGCGAUGGAUGCCUGACUGAAAAAUUCUCGAACAACGCUACGGAAGUCAUGUCCCAGAGAAUAUAAAGCAUUGCCAUUGAUGUGCAGCAUUCGAGGUCCAAAUGGCCCAACAGCGAUGUUAUUACCAUUUUGCAGGGCAAUCGUCUGUAAGCAACCCUGUUCAAAAUCGUUUUGGUCCGGAUAGAGGCCAGCACUUCCUUUCACCCAAAAGUCCUCUUCCAGGGCACUUUCCAUAGUUCGAUCAAGCCAGUUCUUGCGAAUCGGGAAGACGUCCGGUUCUAUUUGUAGAGCAUAGUCGUAACCGUCAGAGAAAACACCCAAAAUCAUUUCUUUGAACAUUUCCGGAGGGCCAUAUCUGUAGCCAUCAUCUCCCUCAGGUAUGUCAACGAAUUGGAAGUUUAUUUCAGAGAAACAUUUGAGAGGACCGGCAAAGUGCCUGAGAAGUGAAAAAAGUUUCUUUUCAAGUGACUGACCAACGGGAUCGGACUGGAUGAAGAGUAAGCCGAAACUAUUUCCAAUUCGACCACAAGGCCAAUAAUUAGGAUUUCUUAUGCGUGAGAGCGCGUAAAGCAGUUUGUCGAAUUGUUUUGCUGAGAAAAUAAUUGUCACCAACAAUUUUGGUUCAUCCUUUUUUUUCGGCCCAACCGGUGGAAAUGUGCUGCAAGGAACGCCCAGACGAUCUUCCACCUCAUCAUAUGCCGCCUGUUCGCGAUUAGCGAUAGUAGCGAGACAAGAUUGUCGGAGAGCGAGAGUGAGACCAGACGUUCUGAAGUUCCGCUCUGACAAGAAAUCAAAUGUUUCCUUGUCAACAGAGUCAAGACAUGUGAACCACUCGCGUUCAAAGAGCAUCUCUAGCGCAACAGGUCGAGAAUCUUUAUUGCAUUUGAACGGUCUGUUCACAAGGAUCGUCUCAGGAGGUGCGUCAUUAAGGUGGACCAGACGAGGAGAGUUGAGAAGGAAAAAAUCAAAGACCAGAUAGGGCGAAAGAGUCUUGAAGGUGCAGGCAUCGUUGAACCAGAACCAAGUUAAAAUGUUCUCGAAAGUAUCUUGCUCAGGUUGUAGUAUUUUC